GCAGCUCCAUACCAGCCAUCCCCAGAUCUCCUCCACCACUUGUGAUGAGGUUGUGUAGGCCCCUGCUAAAUAUUGAAGAGGUGUAUGUUCCAGCAAUCGGCAAUCCUUCUGCAUACAAGAUUCGCUUUAAAUACCUUUUUCUCCAGCUGGACUAUUGGAUUGUUUUUGCUCCCAAAACAGAUGUUGUUCCUUAUCUCAUGCAAUCUGUCCACACAAAAGAACGCGAUUUCAUUCGAGGGGCAUUUUUUAUAUUCCAAGGUGGAGUAGCCUUGAGUUCCCGCUGCCUUUCGGAAGAGUCAUGAGCCUCUUUCAAAAAGGUUAUAUCUAUGAACUGGAUGAGAAGCUACUAGAAUUCACGGAGCCCCAGGCCAAAGAGGAGGGAGCCAACGAGAAAGAUGAAGAUCCCAAUGAGAGCAAGAAGUGGACUAGCGCUCACUCUAGCUGCACUCACAUGAUGUUUUAACUAGGAGAAAGUAAUAAAGGGGUGAACAUUGCCUAAUUUUGGUAAAAAUUUAUGAUAAUUACCAUUCCGAACUUCCGAAGGAACUACAGUCACCUAUGUGUUUGGCUAUCUAUAUCAAUUGGAGUAAAGGUUAAUUUAAUUCUUGCUUAUCCUAAUAA